AUGUACUUACUCGUGUAUGUUGACGACUUGAUUCUUACUGGUAACAAUGAAUCUAUUCUCAUUGCCUUCACCACUCGUCUUCAUCAAGAAUUUGCAAUCAAAGACUUAGGUGAUUUAAGCUAUUUUCUUGGUCUAGAAGUCAGCUACACGGAUGAUGGACUCUUUUUAAGUCAAUCCAAAUAUGCCACAUACAUCCUUACUCACAGUGAUCUCUUAGAUUCUAAACCUAUGUCUACUCCACUUGCAACUCAUGAAGUCCUCACGUCAAACGGAUCUCCCUUCAAAGAUAUCACUCUUUAUCGUUCUUUAGUAGGAGUUCUCCGAUAUUUGACCAUGACACGGCCUGAUCUUUCUUAUGCUAUUAAUCAAGCUAGUCGGUUUCUUCAUUCUCCAACUAAUGAUAAUUUUCAAGCUGUUAAACGCAUCUUGCGAUAUGUCAAAGGCACUAUUACGUUUGGUCUUACUUUUCGUCGGCCACAUACAAACACCAUUUUGGGUUAUUUUGAUACCGAUUGGGCUUGUUGCAUUGAAACACGCCGCUCAACAUAUGGUUAUUCAAUCUUUCUUGGUGGCAAUUUAGUCUCUUGGAGUGCUAAGAAGCAACCAACUGUAUCUAGAUCUAGUUGUGAAUCAGAAUAUCGAGCGAUGGCUAACACAACAGCCGAGAUUGUUUGGAUCACUAAUCUCUUACGGGAAUUACAUGCUUUACCACCUGAUCGACCAACUUUGCUAUGUGACAACAAAAGUGCUUUAUUUAUGACACAAAAUCCGGUCUCAAACAAACGUGCUAAACAUAUUGAUCUCGAUUAUCACUUUGUUCGUGAACUUGUUGCUUAUGGUAAACUCUAUAACAAGUUCGUCCCAACCAAGCUUCAGGUGGCUGACAUUUUCACUAAGAGUCUUCCACGACCUCAAUUCGAAUAA